GGUCUACUAGUAAAGAUAAACAGCCGAAGAGCCUCUGAGCUAGAUGAACAUGGCGGCUCCGGUUCUGGACGCUCCUGCCGCUCCGUCCCGCUGACCGUUACAGCACCGACGAAGUCACCGCUCUACAGCCGCCCAUGGCACCUCAACUCCCAGAGAGGACAGACUAAUCUUCCAAAGUGGAUGUUGACCAGGAUGUUCUGUGUAAGAGGUGCUGAUAACUGCUGAAGAUGAGUAGUGGUGGGGGGGACACUCCUGAACCCCCCAAAGGGGAAUCUGUGAAGAGGAAAGACUGUCAGUCAGACCUCCUGGGACCCAGUCCAAAGCGAAGUACCGAGAGGCGCAACAGGGAGCAGGAGAACAAAUACAUCGAGGAGCUGGCAGAGCUGAUCUUUGCCAACAUCAACGACAUAGACGACCUCAACGUCAAGCCCGACAAAUGUGCCAUCCUCAAAGAGACGGUGAAGCAGAUCAGGCAGAUCAAGGAGCAGGAAAAGACCCUGGUGGCUAAUGCAGAGGAGGUGCAGAAGGCAGAUGUCUCCUCCACAGGGCAGGCCGUCAUUGAUAAAGACACUCUCGGGCCAAUGAUGCUGGAGGCCCUGGACGGCUUCUUCUUUGUUGUGAACAUGGAGGGAAACAUUGUGUUUGUGUCGGAGAACGUCAGCCAGUAUUUGCGCUACCAGCAGGAGGAGCUGAUGAACACCAGCGUCUACAGUGUGCUGCAUGUUGGAGACCAUGCAGAGUUCAUCAAGAACCUUUUACCUAAGAGUCUGGUCAAUCAUCGCAGCACCGACUCCACCAACAGGAACAGUCACACCUUUAACUGUCGUAUGUUGGUCAACCCUCACGCCGACGGCGAAGCUCGCCAGGCCGUCGAUCAGCAGGACGCAGCGCAGCAGAAAUAUGAGACCAUGCAGUGUUUUGCCGUCUCUGAACCAAAGUCUAUCAAGGAAGAAGGGGAAGAUUUCCAGGUGUGUCUCAUCUGUGUGGCAAGAAGGGUUCCUGUCAAAGAGAGGCCUGUGACGCCGGCGUAUGAGAGCUUCACAACACGACAGGACCUUCAAGGUAAGAUCACCUCUCUGGACACCAGUGUGCUUCGGGCAUCUAUGAAACCGGGCUGGGAAGACCUGGUCCGGCGCUGCAUCCAGAAGUUCCACCUGCAGAGUGACGGGGAGAUUUCAUUUGCCAAGAAACACCAGCAAGAAGUAUUGAAGAACGGCCAUGCCCUCAGCCCAUUGUACAGAUUCUCCCUGGCAGACGGCACCAUAGUUUCUGCUCACACAAAGAGCAAACUGGUCCGUUCUCCAGGCACCAAUGAACCGCAGCUCUACAUGUCGAUGCACAUCCUGCAGAGGGAAAACCUGGGGAGGAUGGCUACAGACAUUCCCAGUGGUCAGGACUCGGGCAAAUCAAUGACCCCAACAAGUAUGAGCGGGUCCUUCCCCUCACCUGAUGCCAGUGUCACCAGCAACAGCCAUCACUCCACUGGAGUCUCCACCACCCCUGGACGUGGUUUUGGGUCUGUUCCAGGAAGGGCCAUCACGCCUCAGGGAAACAGCCACGUUCUGAAGCAGGGCAGCCCUUCUGGCCAAGGAAGUCCGAGUGUCAGCUCAGGGGUCCAGAGUGCCAUGUUGUCUCCUCGUCAUCGGCAGAGUCCCAGCGCUGCCGCAAAUAGCAGCAACUGCAGUAGCCCUCAUCUUCUCCAACAUCCGCCUGGAUCUUUCUCUCCUGCAGCUGGUUUACACUCACCUCCAUCCGUGUGCAGCACCACAGGAAACAGCCAAAGUUUUAACUCCCUCAGUGCGCUGCAGGCUCUCAGCCAGGGCGCCAGGAUUUCCCCAGGGCUCUCUGAUGGACAGCAUCCAGAGUCACCUGACAGAAAACCAGCCGCUCUUCAGAGUAAUCUUCACAGCAACAAACCUGGUAGCCAAAUCAGCAAGAGCAAUCUGAGCUUAGAGACUGACUUGUUUGGAACUUUUGAAGAGCAGGAAGAGUUUUUGUCAUCCCACAGCCAUGACAGUACACAGGCAGAUGGGAAAGAUGUUGAUCCUGACACCCUGGGAGGUAACGGAAACCUUGGCGAUCUUGCAGAUGCUGCAAGCCACCAUUUGACCACCAAAGGCCACACCAAGUUGCUGCAGCUCCUCACCACUAAGUUAGAACCCUCUGAUCCUUCCUCACCACCAGGGCCCAUAGGAGAUGACCAGAACUGUAAGGACCAGAUGUGUGGGGGGGCCGGACAUAACAACCAAACCACCUCAUUAAAGGAAAAACACAAAAUUCUCCACAGGCUACUGCAGAACAGCACCUCACCUGUGGAGCUGGCCAAGCUAACGGCGGAGGCUACGGGAAAAGAUCCUAUUGGUCCAGAAUCUGCCUCAGGAGACAGCAUGGCUGCUCUUAGUGAACUCUGCACCAAACAGGAGCCGGGGAGCCAGGGAAAGAAAGACAAUGCAUUGCUUCGCUAUCUUCUUGAUAGGGAUGAUAAUGGCAUCCUCGACAAAGCCAUCAAAAUGGAACCAAGCGACGGACUCAAGUUGACCUGCGUGAAGACGGAGAAACAGGAUGAAGGUUUUAAUUUGGCUGAACAGGCAUCUGAGCUGGAGGACCUGCUAGAGGACCUGCAAAACAGCAGCCAGCAGCAGCUGUUUCCCAGUCAGCCUCCAUCCUCUUCAUCCUCUUCAUCAGCUGUGCCAGCUGGCUCCUCUGUGGACAAACAGACCAUCAUCAGUGACAUCCUGCAGAUGAACGACACCAGCAGCAGCAGCUCCCCCAGCCAGCACAGAGCCUUCCCUCCCGUUGGAGCCGCAGCGAGCUUUAAUGGUGUCAGGCCGGGCCAGGCCGGUCAGGGGGCUCCUCCAGGCAGGAGCAUGUCUCUGGACAGCAGUAUGGGCUCCAGCCCCACCAGGCCUUUCCCUCCUCAGCACAGAAACAAUGGGCCAUAUUCCUUGCAGCAGCAAGGAAUGAUGGGAACCCACACCAGCAUGAACCAGGCAGCAGUAACCAACACAGGCCUUCGAGGCCCCAUGCAGCAGGCCUGGGGUACUCAUGCUCCAACAGGGGGCAGUGCAGGACCCAUGAUGGCCCAUGGAGUGGGUCGAAUGGUACCCAACAUGAAUUCUGCACUCCCCCCAAGAAGCACUGGUCCAAAUGUCUCCAGAGCUUUGGUCAGCAUGCAGAUGAUGGGCAACGAGUUAGACAUGGCAACUCCGCCCUACCACCAGCAGCAGGCUCCGCCCAAUCAGACGGCUCCAUGGCCAGACCGAAUGAUGAUGAUGGAUCACUAUGGAAACCAAAGCAGGCCACCGUAUGGCGUCCGUCAGGAGGACGGAAUCGGUUGCUGUGGUUCUGAAGGACACACGGAUGAAGGUGCUCUGCUGAACCAGCUGUGUUCAGUGCUGAAGGACUAUGAGGGUCUGGAGGAGAUAGAUAAGAUGCUGGGAAUACCCACUCUGGCUGGACAGGGUCCUCUUUCAGACCAGGACCAGUACCUGGGUCCGUCGGACUCUCCCUCCGGCCUGAAACCUCCCCUCUACAGUCAGCAGUAUGGAGGGCAGCCCAGUUAUGGCGGCAUGCCCCCUGAUGGCUUGUACCCUGCCCCAUCCAUGGGGGGCCACAUGGGACCUCAAAGGGUGGCCCCAGGAGGCUACCCGCCCAUGAUGAGAAUGCCGGGCUCCCCAGGACCCCGGGCCCCUGGCAUGAGACCGGGUGGUCCCAAUCCAAUAGUACCGCCGCAGCCCAACAACCUGAGGCUCCAGCUACAGCACAGACUCCAGGCCCAGCUGAACCGUCAGCCAGUGAUGAACCAGAUGGGUGGAGUUGGAAAUAUGAAUCUACCUCUAAGAUCUAAUGUAUCGACCCAGGGACCUGUCAACGCCCACAUGCUGGCGCAGCGUCAGCGCGAGUACCUCAGCAACCACUUGCGUCAGCGGCAACAGCAGCAGCAGCACCACGCGCAUCAGCAGCGUGCCAUGAUGAUGCGGACUCAGGGCAUCAACCUGCCGCCCAACAUGCCCAGCGGGGGUCCUGCUCCCUCGCCGAUGCCCAUGGGGGGUGCCAACACCCGGGUGCCACAGGGCAGCAUGCAGCGAUUCCCCUACCCGGCCUCCGGUUACGGUACAGGACUGUCGUCUCCUCCUCCUCCUCAUCCCGGCUCCUCCAGCCCCUUCUCCUCCCCUCUCUCCCCGAGUCAUCUCCUGGCAAGCCAGGGCAUGAUGGGAAAUGUAGGCGGGCAAUACAACGGCGCAAUGAGCCCACCAUCACAGCACAGUGCCUUCCAGUUCAGCAAUUCAGGAAUGAGUCAGCAGCAACACCAGGACCCAACAUCUUGCUUUCCAUGUGGGGCUGGCACGCCGCAGAGCCCUCUGCUGUCCCCCAGGAUGGGGCAGGGUCAGAGCUUUUAAAAAUAUAAACAAUCCCAGGCUCCGAACCAGGGCGGACCGCCAAGCUACCAGACGAGCGCCGACCUAAACGGAUGGUCGCAGCCUGCAAACAUUUCCACCAGCAACAGUGUGUACCCCCAGCAGACCCAGUCUCAGUACUCGACACAAUCCAGUGGAAUGUUCAGCAGCAGCAACAUGAACCUGGGAGUCACCAUGGCCAGCAGCAGCAACAUGAAUUCAGUGGCGGGACAGAUGGGUUCCAUGAACGAACAGGUG